AUGAUCAAAUUAGAAGAAGGAUAAUAAAAAUUAUCUAACUAAAUUAAAAUAACAUCCUAAAUCAAUCCAAAUAUUUCUUCAAAGACUUUUUAAAAACCAUAAAAGUAAUGCUUUUAUCGCUAUAUUAACUCUCAUGACUCAGGUAUAUAAGUAUGUACUUAGUAACAAAGUAAAUAAAAACAAUGCUCAAUCCGCUAAAUAAAUAAUAGCAUUUAAAAUAAUUAGUCAUCACAAUUUACUUAAUAUACUAAAGAAUUCUAUUCUAAUUAAUUCAUUAAAAACAUUUAUAACUAAAAUUGGGUUUAAGCUUAAUACUAAAACUAGCAUGGUACUGCAAAAAAAAUGUAGUGUAAAACCAUUAAAAAAGAAUAAAGAACUACCUAAUCAUCAUCAUAAUAAACUGAGAUGACAUUACGAAAUGAUUCAUUUACUAAUUAAUAAUUGCUAGAUACUAUGACAGACUAUUUACAUUCAAUAAAACCGUAAUUCUUGAAUUUAUUUUCAAGUUACUCAGAUGAAGCUAUUAUGUUGAAUGUUAAGGAAGAUUGCUAAAAUUCUCUUGAAACAUUUGUUUACUAAAUUUUUAGGAAGUUUUAUAUAGCAGCAAUUGUAAAGCUAAAAAACAAGAGUAAAAUUUUAAGUUCUUUUUAGAAUAAUAAAAACAAAAAACAGUCUAAGAAUAAUAAUGAACAAAAAAAUAAAUCUAAAGCUCAAAAGCAGAGCGAAUACCACAAUUUCAAAAAUAGCCUUAUGAAUAUUAUCACUUAGUUAGUUUGCCCUAAAAUCUUGGAUUGUUUUGAUCUUAGCCAAUAUGAAAAAAAAUAAUUAAUUGAAAUAAUAUUAAGAGUAAGACAAAAUUCAUGUAAUGAAAUAAAUUGUUAUGAAUCAAAGCGCAAUUUUAUAAACCAGGACUUACAUCUUAAAGUAUUUAAGUUAGAUGUUUAAGAAUUUCAAAAUGCAAAUUUUAUUGAUAUAGUAAAAGUUAAUCGUUUGAAAUCUAUCUUUGGUUAAAUAACAAUCGAAUGUCUCAAGAUUGCAGAAAGCUAAAUUUCAGAAUAUUUGAAAAAUAAAAUUAAUAAAAGUUAAAAUGAUGAACUCGAAAGUCGCUAUUUUUACGUUGGUAAAGUAAAGAAAGGAAUAUAAAAGCUAUUGAGAGGUAAAAAAGUAAAAAGAUUUUGA